GCUGACUGAAGAAGGACUCACCUUUCCGCCCCAGACUGGAAACAGGGGAGCCACCACUGACCUGGGAAGGGUUGGACAUGUCUGAGGCACUGUCCUGCCCCAGCAACGAGACCCCUACCCCUGGUUGUCACCUGAAGACCCUGUACUGGGCCUGUGUCCACAACGACCCUGCUGAGCUCCGAGCCAGGCUGGAUGUUGGGGUCUCCCCAGAGGAGGUUUCCCAAGUGGACAGCAAUGGGAAGACAGGCCUCAUGGUUGCAUGCUACCGCGGCUUUGGUGCCAUUGUGGUUCUGCUCAGCUCCUGUCCUUUCCUGGAUGUGAACCAGCAGGACAAAGAUGGAAACACAGCCCUCAUGCUGGCCGCUCAAGCAGGUCACACAUCCCUGGUGACUCUCCUGCUCAACUACUUUGCUGGCCUGGACCUGGAGCGCAGGGACCAGCGGGGACUCACAGCUCUGAUGAAGGCUGCCGUUCGUGACCGCUCUGAGUGUGUGGUCGCCCUCCUCAUGGCGGGUGCUGACCUGAGCUCCGUGGAUCCCGUCCGGGGCAAGACAGCCUUGGAGUGGGCCGUUCUGACGGACAGCUUUGACACCGUGCGGAAGAUCCGGCAGCUGCUGAGGCGACCCCAGGCAGAGCAGCUCAGCCUGCAGUACCAGCCAGAGUGGCCAGCCUUGGCCCAGCUUGUGGCCCAGGCCCAGGCCCAGGCUGCCCCAUCCCUCCUAGAAAGGCUGCAAGCUACCCUGAGCCUCUCUUUUGCUGAGUCUCCGCAGGAAGGGGGUGUUCUGGACCACUUUGUGACGGUCACCACCAGCUUGGCCAGCCCCUUCCUCACCACCGCCUGCCACACACUGUGCCCCGAUCACCCACCCAUGCUGGGCACUCGAGGCAAGUCAGUGCCUGAGCUGCUGGGCACCGCCCCUCCCCCUCCCCCAGCACCCCACCCUCCUCAGGCUGUCCCCGUCCCCCAGGUCUUUGUCCCCUACCAGAGCCCUCGGAGUGUGCUCUCCCAGUGGUUACAGUCCAGGGACAGUACUGGUGCCAGGUCCCAAAUCCCCAAGAUCCUCCUCUCCAAGGCACCCUCUUCCCCUACGCAGUACGAAGAGUUGAUACUCAGGCCUGCAGGCCAGCGAAGUCUGGCUCUUCCUCUCUGGAGAUACCAGGAGAAGAAGAAGCAGGAAGAUGAAGCUGAACCAUGGGGAGGUGGGCUAGGCCAAGCUAGAGGCGAGUAAGACACGUUCCUGUCUGGGGCUUCUUCUGCUUCCCAGCUGCCUCUGCCCUGAGGAACCUGGUUCCACCGAACGUACAAGGUUGUCCACAGUAGUGUCUGCAGGAGGGAACAGGACCAACCCAGUGUCUGCCGGGAGGGGAUCGGCUACAGCGAUUGUGGUGGUAAUACCAAUGCGCUGGAUUCUGUGUAGUGUAUCAUAAAGCAGGAGAAAGCAAGCUGUUCUCACACGGAAUCUAUCUUCCGGUUGUACCAAGCAGACAACCAAGGGUAGAAAAGCAUGCAGGCAGGGCAUUUGUCAGAGGGGACGUCUCCCCUCAGGUAACCAUGUUUGUCAGGACAUCUUUAUCCUCAACUGUGUGUGAUUUAGAAUCACACAAAAGAGACACCUCUGGGUACCCACCUGAACUUGAAGAGCGCCGUCCAAUGAACUGGGGCCCCAGACUGAAUGAAAAGGAGGACCCCAGCAUGGCACCCCCUCUGUUACCUGACUGCAGAUGCAACGUGGCCUGCCGCCUCCGGCUCCUGCCGCCUCCGGCUCCCGCUGCUGUGCUCGCCUUGUGGACUGAACUUUGGGAGCAGUAACUAAUGCAGAUUACCACGGACAUGUCAUGAGUACCAAAAGCUACGUAAGGACUUAGAAAGUGGGGCAGCAGGAUGGAUCCAAGGAGGAAAUGGAGGACUGUGGAGCAAGGGGUGCGGGGAGAAGAUUGCAAAGUUAGAAGAAAGUAAGUUCCCAACCACAGGAAAACCUGAACUGUUUUUUACUUUUUUGCCAAACAAAAAUAAUUUGGGGGCUGGAGAAGACAGAUCAGAUUAGAGCCUUGGCUGCUCCUGCAGAGGACCCAGGUUUGGGUCCCAGCAUCCAGCUGUAGGGGAUCUGAUGUCCUAUUUUGAUUUCCUUGGGCACCGGGCACUCGCUUGGUGCCUGGAGCUACAUGCAGACAAAACACCUAUACACAUAGAGUAAAAUUAAAUUUUAAAAAGGAAGGAUAUAAGAAUAAUAAUAAUCUGCUGUUUGUCAAUCUUCCAGUGCUUGACCCAUUACUUUGCAAAGUCUGGGCCUUAGUGAGUAGAAAAGAGCAUGUUUGCUGGACACAGGACGUAGAUCUGUAGCUCCAGCUACUCAGGAGGCUGAGACAGGAGGAUCACUGGAGGCUAUGAGUUUGAGACCAGUCUGGGCAACACACAGGCCCUACCUAAAGAAAGUGGGAGGGAGGGAGAGAGAGGGGAGGAAAAACAGCCAUAAUAAGUAUGUCAAGAGACGUUACCUCCCCUAGGUGACCCAUAGGUGGGGUUCUUAGCCAAUGAUCUGAAAUACCUUUGAAGGGACACUUGGUAACUUUGUGAGGCUUUGUUAGGAAGUUUGGGGGGUUUCUCCAACACAUUUCCUGCAGAAGUGCACUUGUAUGCUCCUGAUAACUACAGUAACUGCACGUACAAUGCCUACUGCAUACAUACAUGCAUAGGUAAGGUGCCUACUGUAUACAUGCAUACAUUUGCCCUUCUCAAUGAUCUGGCAGACUCCAAGUUUAAGGACACCUGGCUCAGAAUUUACAGAACUGCCUGGGCUCCACAGUUAGAAACUGGCAGAGACUGAGAAUGGAACCCGGCCACUGGCCAUGGCCUCCACAGCAGGGCACUAGCCCAUACUGUCUCCUCUGGAGCAUCCCAACAAGGAAGCAGACAUUUUCUCUAGAAAAGGGCUUACAUACUGGCCAGGAAGCAGCAGCCAGGCAAAUGUUUCACUAUUUUAAAAAUCUUUUGAUUAAGUCAAAUAACAAAAGCUUUGCAUUAUGGUUGGGCAUGGUGGCACAUGACUAGUCCCAGCAGAGGCAGGCAGAUCUUUGAGUUUGAAGCCUGCCUGGUCUACAUGAUGAGUUCCAGGCCCUGCCUCAUUAAAAACAAAAUCAAAAAAAUACCUGCACUUUUAGAUUUACAGAACAGUUAGGACAAUCAUGCAUAGACACCUCAGAUUUCCCUGCUAUUAGUGUGUUGCAGUGAAUGAGCUCACCAUUGUGAUUAACUCAAGUCCACACCUGAUUCACACUUCCUUACUUUUCACCCAGUUUCCUCUCUGUC